CAACAACACGAAGAAGAAAACAAGAUGGCGGUCUCAGAUGUCGAUGUUAGUAGCUCAAUUGAUCAAAAUGAAGACCGUAUUGAAGAAUUAACGGACGAAGAAUUAUAUAAUCUUGUAGAGGAGACACUGCAAGCUAAUAGUGUGCUGAAAAAUGAGACUAACAUGUUUGAGAAAUAUUUGAAAAGGGUUGAUACAAAAGAUAGUACAGGCACAGGCACUAUGUUAGUUCAAGCAGUUCAAGAACAGACAACUUCAAGAACCUUGAGAAAACGAACUCGAUCAAGAGGACAAUCUGUUGAUAGAAAUUUGAAGCUUUCUGCUGAACAGAAAUGUGACAUUGCCCAGAGAGAGCUUGAAGAACUAAAAGAAGAAAUUGAAAAGCUAAAAGAUGAAUCUGAAAGAAUUCUAGAUAAUUAUAAGGCUAUCAUGGAGGAAGCUGACAUUCAAAUUGCUGAAACUAAGAAAGCUUCAUAUGAAUUUAAUCGAGAUAUUAUUCAAGGAUCUGUGAAUGCUAGAACUAGUAAGAUCAUUGCAGAAAAAGUUGUGAGAUAUUUUGAGGACAAAAUCCGGAGUAGAGAUACACUGAUAGAAAAACUCCGUUUAAAAAACUCAACAUUCAGAGUUCAAAAAAAGAAGCUGCAAAUGCAGCUUAAGCAAAAAGAAGAGAUGGGUGAAGUUUUGCAUGAAGUUGAUUUUAAUCAGCUAAAGAUUGAAAAUCAACAAUAUCUUGAAAAAAUUGAUGACAGAAAUAAAGAUUUGUUAAGGUUAAAACUCAUGACAGGAAAUGUGCUGCAAGUUUUAAAUACUUACAAGAAAAAAUUGCACACUUUGACUGUUGAAUCAGCACAAUUAAAACAAGAAAUUUCCUCAAGAACUGAACUUUCAUUAAGGAUUGAUGCAGAAACAAGACUAGUUGAAAAGGAAAGAGUAAAAGCAUUAGAGCUCAAUCAAAAAAGAAGACAACAAUUAAGUGACUACAGAGUACCUGAGGUGCUGGACUAUGUUAAAGAACGAGCAAGUCAUUAUGAACUGAACAAGACUGUAAGAAUGUGGGAGAGAAAGGUUGAAAUAGCUGAGAUGGCCCUGAAUACAUACAGAAAGACCUGGAAACAAAUCCAGACGCACAAUUCAAUGGAAUCAUGGUACAGCAAUGAAAGACAAGAAGCUCAAAAAAUAUAGAGCUGGAUUGACAAUGUCUGGAGAAGGCUGUGCUGAAUAAAAAGAUUCACAUCAUGCAAGCGUAGCACCACGCCUGAGUUCAUAUAUAUACAGAUGUUGUACAUAUAUUAUUGUACAUAAUUAUUUUUCCUUUUGUGAAUAAAAUGGUAACAAAUGAA